AUGAGUUUGUCAGAGAUCAGCUGUGCUUCUCUGGCCUCAGCUCUGAAGUCCAACCCCUCCCAUCUGAGGGAGCUUGAACUUAGUGACAAGCUUCAGGAUUCUGGAGUAAAUCUGCUCUGUGGUUUUCUACAGAGUCCAAGAUGUAGACUGGAGACCCUGAGAUUGAAUCGCUGCAAUUUGUCAGAGAUCAGCUGUGCUUCUCUAUCAUCAGCUCUAAAGUCCAACCCCUCCCAUCUGAGGGAGCUGGACCUGGGUCUCAACAACCUUCUGGAUUCAGGAGUGGAGCUGCUCUCUUGUUAUGUGGAGAGUCCACACUGUAGACUGGAGACUCUGAGGUUCAGGUGUCCUGGUCCUGGUGUGUUUCAGUGCAAUUUGACUGGACUGGUGUUCGUUAUGGGACAGGAGGCGGAGGUCCUCUACAGUAUUGUCCAAUGGAACCAGAGCCUCCUCCAAUCAGCUGGCAAGAAGGCUGCAGGGCCGCUGUUCGAAAUCAAGAGCUCUGAGGAUUCUGCUGUCCUCCAGCUCCACCUUCCACACUGUGAAACAAAGGAUGGGAUGUCUUUAAACAGCCUGCGGUCCGGUCCGCGUGCAACAUUUCACUUGAAGUAUGGACCAAAUUUCCAUCCAACGUUUGAAGUUUUUGUGACUACGGACACAGAGAGAGUGACCUUGAUGGUCCAGGACCAAGAGAGGACAGAAGUGUGGAAGCGUCAGGUGUUACUGAAAGAGGAUAGCAUCCCAGCAGUAGAGAGUGUCCCAUUAGUGGACAGCGUCCCAGUAGUGGACAUUGUUCCAGCAGUGGACAGCAUCCCAGCUGACAGGAAGCUCUUCUCAGUCCGAAUUCAGUUCCUUAACAGAGUGACUGAUCCGGUUCUGAAUCAGCUCCUUGAUAAACUUCUUGAGCGCCGCGUGAUCAACGACGCUGAGAUGCAGUCGGUCAGAGCAAAGUCCCGAGAAGACAAAGCCCGGGACGUGAUCGACACGGUGCGGAGGAAGGGACCGGAGGCCUGCAGGGUCCUGAUCGCGUCUCUCCGGGAGGUGGACCCGUGUCUUUUCAGAGUGCUGAACCUCAGAUGAAGCAAAAGCCAGAAACUGUGGAGUGGGAUGAGGAUCGAUCUCUAAGACAGUUUCACGUCACUUCCUGU